CUUUUUCGACAAGAAAAUGCAGAAAGAAAAUAUUGAUAUGUUGGUGUAACAUUGUAGUCGUUACCACUCAAUCGCGCUGUGAUUUUGCUGUAUUAAAGUUUUGCAUACCUUUCCUUUAUCAGCUUUAUAUAUUUCUCUUUAUUUACCAUCUUUCUUGCUCCAAAUAUCAUCUUCUUUAAAAUAACAAGAAAGGCUCUCUUCUCUCUACAGCUUUGAUCAUAUGGAAGAUCAAAAGGAGAACAAGAACUCGCCAUGGCUAUCAGUACCACAGUUUGGAGACUGGGAUCAGAAAGGAGGGCCCGUUCCUGAUUACUCAAUGGAUUUCUCAAAGAUCAGAGAGAUGAGGAAACAGCACAAGAGAGAUCCUUCUCGAGCCAGUCUUGGCAAUGAACAAGACUUCAUUAACCCAUUUCACAAUCAACCUACUUCGGUUGAUAAAACUAAGGCUAAGCUCACAACUGUCCACAGUGACAACAACAUAACCAACAAUGAGUUAAUCCCUCACCACCAGCGACAUCCUCCAUCUACGAGGAGAGGAAUCUUUAGCUGCUUCAACUGCUGCGUUAAAGCUUGACCCUAUUUCGUAACAGAGAGUCAGAGACAAUGAGGAGAUGUGUUUCACUUAUUUAUAAUAAAGAAGUAAGAAAUGAGAAAUGGGAGUGACACUUUUUUACAUACAUUCCUGCGUAAGCAGCAGCGUUAAUCAAGUUUAUGUACUGUUUACUGUUAUCUUACAAUUGUCUAACUAAUGUAGCUUUCUUUCUUUAGAGAUUGGUAACUUUUCAAUA